AUGGUUUACAUUGUUUUUUCACAGAGGCGGUGGGUGUGGGUGUGGGUGUGGGUUUAUGUCGUGUGCUGCGGGUUUAGUUUUACUGUUGUUGAAGACGGUGUCGUUUUGAUAGAUGAUGCGAUCAAAAUUUCAUCGACAGAUGAAGAUUUCAUAUGUGCCACGUUGGAUUGGUGGCCGCCUGAAAAGUGUGAUUAUGGCAAAUGUAGCUGGGGAUAUGCUUCUUUGCUUAAUGUGGAUCUCAAUAACUCAAUCUUCUUUAACGCGGUUAAAGCGUUUUCGCCGUUGAAAAUUAGAUUGGGCGGUACUCUGCAAAACAAAGUCUUCUAUCAGACUACACACAACAACAGAAAAUGCGUUCCUUUCAAGAAAAAUGCAUUGGAGAUGUUUGGUUUUACCAAAGGAUGUCUUUCGCUGAGGAGAUGGGACGAGCUGAAUUUGUUUUUCGCCAAAUCUGGUGCUCUCGUUAUCUUCGGAUUAAAUGCACUUCGAGGAAAAACAAUAUACAACAAUAAGGCAACCGGCCUUUGGCAUUCCAUGAAUGCUGCAUCUCUUAUACAAUACACAAUUGAAAAGGGUUACAAUAAUAUUUUUGGUUGGGAACUUGGUAACGAAUUGAGUGGAGACGAUGAAAUAGGAGUGGAAAUUGAUGUUGUUGAGUAUGCCUAUGAUACCAUUGCCCUACACCAAUUAAUAAAAGAUUUAUACAUGAAUGUUACGAUGAAGACACCACUGGUGAUGGCACCCGGAGGAUUCUUUAACAAGAACUGGUACACCCAAUUCAUUGAUAAAACUGUCGGCUCACUUAAUGUCAUCACCCAUCAUAUUUAUAAUGUCGGCGCAGGAAAUGAUCGCGAUGUUUUAGGUAGAAUUUUGAAUCCAUCUGCUCUUAAUAAUGAAAGCCACGUGUUCAAAGAGCUCCGAGAUGCUAUAUAUUUUUCGCGAAACCCAGCGGUUGUUAGUUGGGUUGGGGAAGGUGGAGGAGUUUGGAAAAGUGGUCGAGAGAAUGUUACAAAUAAAUUCGUCUUUGGAUUUUGGUACUUGGAUCAGCUAGGGCAAGCAUCGAUUUACGGUACAAGGACAUACUGCAGACAGUCAUUAAUUGGUGGUAACUAUGGUUUACUCGACACUAACACAUUUGUUCCGAAUCCAGAUUACUACAGUGCCCUUCUUUGGCACAAGUUAAUGGGACCAGGUGUUUUGUGGGUCGAAUAUAACGGGACUAAAAUGAUCCGUGCUUAUGCUCAUUGUGCUAAGAAAUCU